UUCCUAUAAGAGCUGCCUGACUUGUCCUGUCAAGACGAGGAAUUCUUCGGUCAACUUGUCAGCCGUUUUGUUUCUGAUCGAGUUAACAAGGAUUAUACAGGAUGUCCAGGGGCUCCAUAAAGGGGACAUAUGGAAAAUGGACUCUAAUCAUCAGUGAAACAUGAUGGUGGCAGAAUCAUGCUUUGGGGUUGUUUUUCUUGAGGUGGCGCUGGGGCCUUUGGUCAAGGUGGAAGUAAAUUGUCAACAAUUCGAAAUACUAGUCAGUGUCCGCACAAAACAAAAAAAGCAAAACAGUGUCACGUAACCGACCACCAAAAUGCUAAUUCAGUCAUUUUGGGGGGUAAAAACAAAACAAAACAUUUUUUCAAAUGCAAUUAUAAUGGCCGUAGCCACGGUUUUUGGCAAUUCGUGAUCCAGUCCAGUCCCUAUCCCCUGCGAAGAGCGAGCGUUCCACUGUAGCCUAGGACUGGGACAUAUGCUGCUUUAUGGGCGCAUGUGUGAGGUCUGGGUUGCAACAGGAAGGUGAGCAGUGGUUCAUUUGCAUUAGUCCUGAAGAAUGUCACAGACUUUGUAUUAACUCACCUUUAACUUUGCACCCACAUCCAAUAAUCUUGUCAUUAUUAUUAUUAUUUUUUUAAAUAUUCAUUACUCACAUUUUUUGAUCAGCAUUAAGGUCUGUGUCCACAUGGAAGUAGUUGCUAUUUUAUCUUUUCUGGUUAGCUUUGUCCAGCCUUUUUGAUUGUAUAAAGGCAAGAGAUAGGCUGCAGGGAAAACUCACCUGAUGUUGAUUAGUCCCAGUCCUGCAGUUUCUGUUCACACCUUUGCCUACUCUACAUGAUUUUCCUUAAAAAGUGUUUUUGUAAUGUAUCCUAAUGGACAAGACAAACUUAAAAAUAGGACAUCAAUGUCAAUGUCGUGUAGUUGUUUCCACUGGUUACAUAAAUGGUGUCAUGACAGGAAGACCUUUUGGACAUGGAAGAGGCAAGGUCACGCAGAUUUUUGAGCCACUGUGGAAUAAGAUUUUUGUGAUGUGACUCUUUCUGCUUGCUUUCGUUUUUUCACGUGGGUGGCUGCAACCUUCAAUUCUUCUUAUGCCAAAUGUUUUAUUCGAUAUGAAGUCACUUUCUCACCCUGUUCCUCUGUGGGAUUCUUCACAGGCAGAGCGACUGCAGCCGAAAGCUAAAAAAUGUUCUAAUCACCAUCUACUGGCUGGGUCGGGCUGCCAACAGCUGUACCUCCUACAACGGGCCCACAUUGGACCUGAGGGAGUUCGAGGGCCUACUUUCACAGAUGCGAAAGGAGGCGGAGGAGGCAGAAAGCCCCCAACGCAGCACCCGGGACAGCGGGUACAUUGACUGCUGGGACUCGGAGCGGAGCGACUCACUUUCCCCGCCUCGUCAUUGCCGCGAGGACUCCUUUGACAGCCUGGACUCGUUCGGCUUCCGCUCGCAACAGACGCCGUCGCCGGAUGUGCUGGUGGCGCGCGGCAGCAGCGACGGCCACGGCAGUGACUCCGAGUCGGACGGCCCUCCGCUCCGGAAAACUCCAGACAUCCACAAGGACGACAUGUUGGCCCGCCGCACCUCGGUGAGCGAGCCGCGCACCGCCAUGCCCUUCAACCAGUAUCUGCCCAACAAGUGCAACCAGAGCAGCUACGUACCGACGCCGCUGUGCAAGAAGAAGACCUGCGACAAGGAGGACGGUGAGCGCAAGAGCUGGAGUACGGCCACCUCGCCGGUAGGGGGAGAAAGACCUUUGAGCGUGUCACAUGACCCACAGAGUGUGAGCCUGAUCGACAUGCGCAGCGAGGACGCCGCCGCCAUCUUGCCGCCUCACAGUCACGUGCGUCACGAGCUGAUGCACAAUCAGUACAACCAGAUGAAGGAAGAGGACAGUCACUGGCAGGAUGACCUGGCCCGGUGGAAAAGUCGUCGGCGCAGCAUCUCGCAGGACCUGAUCAAGAAGGAGGAGGAGAGGAAGUUGAUGGAGCAGCUGAUGACCGGAGGGCAGUGCAUCUCCCAGAGGAGGAGAAGCAUCAAGACGUACAAGGAGAUCGUGGAGGACAAGGAACGCCGCGAGGAGGAGCUGCGGGCAGCUUACCGGAGAGCCAAAACCCCUGAGGAGGCGUCCUCCAUCCUUCAGCAUUAUGCCCAGCGCUUCUCCAUCAGUGAGACUGUUAUGGAGCGCCUGCAGCUCCCCAAUGUUCUAGACCGCAGCAUCUCAGCCGACCCGUCCUUCUCUGGCUUUCCCGCUUCCAUCUCGCCCUCGCCGAUCACCCCUGAGCCGUGGGAAAACGACCCCGACGGGCCCCUGAAGUAUCUGCGGCAGCGGUCGGCCCCACCCCCCAGGUUCACAUCCACGCUUGAAACACAAAUCGACGAGUGGCCCAGAGACUCACCGCCGCACCGGCCGCAGAUCCGCUCGCGCUCGUCAGAGCCCCCGUCCAACCGGGAGCUAUCACCCAAGCCACUGCCUUUGCUGAUGCCCAAGCCUUACUUCCAGUCCUGGCCUGCCGCGCCGGAACCCUGGCCCAGCAAGGCCGAUGGUUUGCUGCGGGUCAAUGGAAACGCGGGUGCUGGCGACCCUCCUGCCGCUCCCGAGAGCCAAGGAAGCGAGUCCUCUCCCAUUUUCCUACCGUCCUCAUCUCCCAAAACCACAGCCCACAACGCGGACUCCUCGGCAACAGGAGGAAGUCCGACGUCCGCCAAUUCAAAGGAAGCGGCGACUGACGUCCGAGGCCAGGAAGUCGGCCGCUGUUCAACGCCACCCAGCAGGCCCACUUCACUACCAGCGGAAUUGCAGAAGCCUGUAGAAAGCUUUGGGAGGAAAAGUGGAAGGCCGUCGGAAGCUGCUCCAGUGGAGAAAAAGUGUGAAUCAGCAACAGGACAUCAAACAUCUGCAGAAGCCAAACAAGAGACCGUACUGUCGUGUCAAUCGGGGCUCGGCACGCACUCUGUAACCUCAGUGACGAGCAUACACAGUCACCUGGAGAAGAACCAGAAGAAAGAGGAAGUUCCUUUUUUUGGACCUCAACCACCAACUACAACAACAGAAGGUUUUAAAAACAGUACCCGCUCGCCACUGACGAGCAGCAACCCAAAUUUACGCUGGGAGUUCUUUGCAGAUAAAGGGGAGAAGGAUCACCGCAGCAACGAAAAGUACCAGCGGGAGCAGGAGAAGCUGAAGGAGGAGUGGGAGAAGGCCCAGAGGGAGGUGGCCCAGGAGGAGAAGCGCUACCAGGAGGAGGAACGUCUAAUCCUGGAAGAGACGGUCGCACCCCUGACUCCGCAGUCUUCCGCUCCGCCGGCGUCCGAGGGCCAGGACACCAUCGUGCGCUCGGUUGCUGACUGGGAGCGCAAGCAGGAGCAACUAGAGAAGCUUUCGAAGGGAAGUGCAGAAAGCGUGGAGUGUAGACUGCGAGAGAACGACAGGACGAGCGACAUCAGCACCGCCGACGACAGCUUCAGAACAGCCAGGAGCUCGGCGAGUCAGAGCAGCAGCCUGCACAAUGGCCAGAAGCUUCACCAAAUGGCCGCCAAGACCUCUGCGCUGGUCAAGAAACAGCCAGACGCCGACACCGCCAAGCCUACGCGGCCUGCAGGAGAACGCAGGAGCGUGCCCGCCUCUAAUAACGCGGGCCGCAGCCCAUCCAAGCCCCCUUCGCCUUCUGUCGACGCACCACCAAACAGGUCUGUCAGCGGCAAGAAGCUGUGCUCCAGCUGCGGGCAGCCGUUGGGCAAGGGGGCCGCCAUGAUCAUCGAGUCCCUCAGCCUCUACUUUCACAUCGACUGCUUUAAGUGCGGCGUGUGCAAGGGCCAAUUAGGAGACACGUCCACGGGCACCGACGUCCGGAUCCGGAGCGGCCUCCUCAACUGCCACCAGUGCUACAUUCGCUCCCGCUCGGCCGGGCAGCCGACCACCUUGUGACGCCUCCAGUCGAGUUGGACGGGAUCACCUGCCGAGCCCCGCCCUCCCCUGCAACCCCCCCCCCCCAUUCGUCACGUGGGCCAAACUGAGAAUUUUCAUCCAUACGCAGUAUACUAUUUGACUGGCGAGUGUCAACGUUAAUAACAAUCAUUUGUUCAUAUUUGCAUUUUUAUGAGGCACAAUCGAUUUGAACUUCCAUUCAUUUUCAUAUAAAGCAAAUGAAGUUCAUUCACAUAUGCUUAAAUCGGAUGUAAUCUGGUUUAGGCAUCUUAUUUUUUUUCCCUGUUUUUCACCAAACGGCGUCCAUUUUAUGUCGCCGCCGUAACCAGAUGACGCGAUAUAUGCAAAUGAACCCUCGCAACUUCCAAUACUGGACGUCCACCAGGGCAAACGACAUUUUUGAUUAGCACUCAAUUGUACACCUGAGUAAUCAUGUUUUAAAAAUGGUUAAUAUAAUCCAAAUAAUUCACAAGGCUUCCACUGACACACGCUUUGAAUGUUAUUCACGAGGGCAAUAACUGAACUCGUUACUUUAACGUGCCUUAGGAACAAACGGACGAUGACACAGAAAAGACAGAUUUCCCAAAACAUUUUUGAUUGUUUUUAUUUUAUUUGAAGGAGGAAAAGUGGCCAAGUUGUCAUCACACGCCAAACUCCUUUUGUUGCAAGUCGUCCGCUUUUCCACGUCAGUGAUUUUUGCAGUGAUUGAAUGCACUCGCCGACCAUUUUGAGGAAUAGACGCAGAACGAGGCAAUUGACCUUUCGCUUGAGCCGCAUGCCGCCGGAAACGCAGACUGGCCCGAUCACAGUGCAGCACGGAAGGCUGACGCUUUCCUGACGGAAAACUUCCAAUAUGUUUUUGUUCUUUUAUGCUUAACCGAAUGACAGAAAGGUUGAAUGGAAAUGUUUUUAUUUUAGGCUUUGGAUAAAGCCAUGCGGUCGUUAACAUGGUCAGUUGAACCCUUCAACAAAAUCUCCUCGAAUCAAAAAGUGAAUGCAAACUAUAGAUCCAGCAAUGUUAAAUCCCUCAAAAGUUGACCCAAGAUCAAAUGCAGGCUCUUUACUUAAACUGGUCGAAGCUAUGCGGCAGUCUGCAUCGUCAGUUGAAUCCUUAAAUCAACACUAGACCAGAUGAAAUACAGGCUCUUCGUAAAACUGAGCAGUUGCGCCACGUAGUCAUGUGAAUCCCUCAGAAAUCGAGUAAAACCUAAACUGGCCUCGAUGAAAUGCAGGCGCUUGAUAAAAGUAAGCGGUUGGCCGCAUGGUCAGUGGAUUCCCUCGAAAAUUGACAAUGCAGGCUCUUGAUGAAACUAUGCGGUCGGCCGUAUCUUCAUGUAAUCUGUCCAAAAUCGGCAAAAAUCGGAAUUACCCCAGACAAAUUUAGGCUCCAGAUAAAAAACAACUAUGCGGUCGGCCACCAUCAACGUAUGUGUUGUGUGACAAGCUUGCCGGCCUUAACAGCAGUAACUAAGGGGCCCUGAGCGAAAGGUCUAUUGAACGUACGCCAACUUCUGGUUUUGUUUUUUUUUUUGCUUCAUUUGCAUUUUCAGAGCUGGGCAGUGUGCUGCGAAUGUAAAUUAAAGAAAUAAAAUGCACGUUUAAGCCUAAAACCAAAAGAUGCUGUCAAAACAAAUGUAAGAAAAAUGCGUGCUUCCCGGUGUAGUCGCGGUUUUUCCUGUUUCAGUAUUCCUCCGCUUCUCCUCUUCGUUUUCCACGGAGGCUUUCGUGUGUAUUUAUUGUAAUAGUCACCUGAACACUAUCAGCACAUUUAAAUGUAUUCUUUCAUUCACUGUGUCAAUGCAACAACUGUUUGUUUAUAAAUAAAACCAUCCAAAGUUG